CACCACUGAACCUUGCAAUCGCCAAAUGAUCCAGAAACACUUGAUAUUGCAGUUACCCAUUAAAAGCGACGGGAGGCAAUAACUUUUUCCACGGGGCAGAUAAGAGAUAAGCCACGUGUCACGGUAUCUCUAAAACCCAACCUCAACCUCUCAAAAGGAAGCUUCGUGCUCAGUGCUGAGUCAAGAAUAAGAAGACUGAGGCACUUACACAUUUGUCAUGGCUUUGAAAGUGGGAGCGACAAAAAAUCUGAACAUAUGGCCUCCGAUGAACCUGCAGAGAAACCUUGCUUUGAACCCUCCACCAAAGCUCUUCAACUUCAAACCCUCUGCAACCCCUCCAAUCCGCAAAACUCUCCGCAUUUGCCGCUGUUCCCUGGUGAAUGAACAACAGCAACAAGAAGAGCAACAAGCUUCCUUUACAGAGCAAGAAAAGCAGCUCAUCGACGCACUUAUUGGGAUCCAAGGUCGAGGACGAUCAGCUUCUCCUCAACAACUCAAUGAUGUGGAGCGUGCUGUUCAAGUUCUAGAAGGCCAAGAAGGCGUGCCAGAUCCCACAAGCUCUGAUCUAAUUGAAGGUCGGUGGCAAUUGAUGUUUACGACUAGGCCUGGCACAGCAUCUCCAAUUCAGAGAACAUUUGUUGGGGUCAACUUUUUUAGCAUAUUUCAAGAGGUUUAUCUUCGGACAAAUGAUCCACGUGUUUCCAAUAUCGUAAAAUUUUCUGACUUGAUAGGUGAACUAAAAGUAGAGGCAGCAGCAUCAAUCAAUGAUGGACAAAGAAUCCUUUUCCAGUUUGACAGAGCAGCCUUUACAUUUAAAUUUUUACCAUUUAAGGUUCCAUAUCCAGUCCCAUUUAGACUUCUGGGAGAUGAAGCAAAGGGCUGGUUAGACACUACAUAUCUGUCUCAUUCUGGGAAUCUCCGUAUCUCAAGAGGAAAUAAGGGCACUACAUUUGUGCUUCAAAAGAACACUGAUCAUAGGCAAAAGUUGCUAGCAGCCAUUUCCACUGGAACGGGAGUAAGAGAAGCAAUUGAUGAGUUUAUCUCCUUAAGCAAGAGUGUGACUAACGAUGAACCAGUACUCUUAGAGGGAGAAUGGCAGAUGAUAUGGAGCUCGCAGAUAGAGACAGAUAGUUGGCUAGAAAAUGCUGGCAAUGGUCUUAUGGGCAGUCAGAUUGUCAAGAAUCGUCAAAUGAAGUUUGUAGUCAACAUCUUACCUGGGAUCAGAUUCUCCAUGAUUGGCAAGUUUGUGAAAUCUGGCCCAAAGACAUACGACAUUACCAUGGAUGAUGCGGCCCUUAUUGGUGGUCCAUUUGGGUACCCUUUAGAGAUGGAAACCAAGAUCAAUCUGGAGCUUCUAUAUAGUGAUGACAAGAUCAGGAUUUCCAGGGGCUACAAUAAUAUUUUGUUUGUGCACCUAAGGACAGGUGGAUCAAAAUAGAUUGAAAAAAAACAUAUGCUUGGAGUGAUUGAAAGUGAAUCCAUAAUAAGUUGCACUUCCAAUCUUCUGUGGCAGGUCAUCGGUCCAUUCAUGCUGUAUAUAUUGCAUCUCAGAUAUAUUGAGCGGUGAUGAUAAAUAUUUAUUAUGAAAAUUUGAAGGUUCAAUUUAUGCAUCGAAAAUUGUGCUGGAUUGUGUUUUGAAAUUAAUCCUAGGGUUAGAUGGUUUUGCCUUCCAUUUUCGAAAUUGAAUGGCAAUCACCGUGGAUCCAGUUAGAUAUUCAAUAGUCAAGUCAUGAAUUCCACAUCAGCUAUAUACUAAAGUUGAUUUUGGAAUAUAAAGGUUUAUACUUCUUUUAAUUUAUGAGACGUUUUUUGUGGGAUAAAAUUGUGAGAUCAGCGGAUCAGAACGAAUAAUAUCUCGUAAGUUAGUGUGGACCGUGACACUAAACUUGCUAGUAAAAGGUAUUUUACCAAGAGUUCCUGCACAAAAUGACAAUCGUUCAGGGGAAGUCAUCUCCUGAUCGAUCACUGGGCUUCCAAUGUCUAUGCGAGUGAUUAGGAGAGGUGUAUCACAUUUGUUUUAAAGGCCAAGCAUCUUGAGAAUCCAUUAACAUCAUUAAAACACCUAACCCCCCAUCUAAUAUACUCUCUGUAAUGCUUUAGCAGAGGUUUGUACUAAGUUGGUCUGAAAUUGCCAAACCCCUUCUUUUUCCUUUGAACCAAGUUGAUUGUAUGCAAAAAGCAAAAGCUAUUUAAACAUAAAUGAUUCAUAUUUUUUGUAUCAAAUAACUAAAAUCAAACAAGAUAAUUAUAAUAUAACCACAAUUAAAUAAGAUUAAAUAAAGAAAAAUCUUAUUGGUCAAAGCUUCAUACACAAGAAAUUUGUAUGGAUUCAAUUUUGGCCUAAGCAACGGCAGAAAGUCAGCAGCUGAUCUUCCUUCCCUUGAUCUCACACUAUCUUUCAGGUAGUUGGGUUUUCUUUCUUCCACAUGGAAUUCUCUCAUUCAGCCAACUGUGCAGUGAGCUGCCCUUUUCCUCUAAACUUUUGCCAUCCAUCCUUUCAAGAAUUCUGUCAUUGGACAAUUUUAGCCACAAAGAUUCGUUUCCUCUUUUAUCAACAUUAAAUGGGGAGUUAUAUCAGUUGUCAUAUUAAAAGAUA